AUUCCUUUUCUUGGACGUUUAAAUGUGAGCGAGUAUGUAGCCCUGGUGGGCUCCUUCUGUCUCGUCGGGUUGGAAGCAAUUAUCAGGAUUCUCACGCUUGCAUUGCCUGCAACGAUAAUUCGCCUCUGCUAUCGCGCGUCUAGGGGAUUGUUCAACCGAUUCACAACCGCUGCCUCCAGGAAGCAGGAGGCGAAGAAGACGACUAUCUCCAGCUCGAUUCGUGAUGCUUCCGACUUCGUUGACUUGUGCGCCUUGUACGGUUACUACGCCGAGGAACAUGUCAUGCAGACGGGGGAUGGCUACAUGCUCGCGCUGCAUCGGCUAGCUUGGAGGAAAGGGGAGGACGACCAGAAGGUCAAUAAUGGACCUGAUAGUAUCAGGAAGAACGUUGUCUAUAUGCACCAUGGGCUCCUCAUGAAUAGUGAGGUGUGGGUAUGUCUGACGGACGAGGAGAGGUGUCUGCCUUUCAGAUUGGUGGAAAUGGGAUACGAUGUCUGGCUUGGUAACAACCGCGGGAACAAAUACUCCAAGAAAUCCACCCACCAUUCCCCGACGGAUAUUCCAUUCUGGGAUUUUUCCAUCGAUGAGUUUGCAUUCUAUGACAUCCCGGAUAGCAUCCAUUACAUCCUGGAAACCACAGCUGCGCCAUCACUAUCAUAUAUUGGAUUCUCCCAGGGCACAGCUCAGGCAUUUGCCGCAUUGGCCGUGCAUCCCAAGCUUAAUGAUAAGAUCAACGUCUUCAUUGCCCUUGCGCCGGCCAUGUCACCAGCCGGUCUCUCCAACGGCAUAGUUGAUGCUCUAACGAAGGCUUCCCCUCAAUUUCUGUUCCUCCUUUUCGGUCGACGAUCCAUCCUCAGCUCAGCCACUAUGUGGCAGUCGAUUCUCUACCCCCCAAUCUUCGUCCGCCUUAUCGACAUGGGCCUUUCAUUCCUCUUCGGUUGGACAGCCCGCAACAUAUCCAUGAGCCAAAAACUAGCGGCUUAUGCCCACCUAUAUUCCUUUACGAGUACCAAAAGUGUCGUACACUGGUUCCAGAUUAUUCGAAAUAAGAGCUUCCAAAUGUACGACGACGACGUCCAGCCGGUGAUCUCUCUAAACAUUGUGAACAAAUAUACAAAAGUCGCCAAGUUCCCGACCAGGAAUAUCAAGACGCCCAUUGUCCUCGUCUAUGGCGGUAGUGACUCCUUAGUCGAUAUCAACGUCAUGCUGAAAGAACUCCCCUCGCAUACGGUCGCAACUGAGAUUCCCCAUUAUGAACACCUCGACUUUCUUUGGGCGCGAGAAGUUGAUACCCUAGUCUUCCCGCACGUCUUUGAUGCCCUGAAAUCCUUCUGCGAUGCUCAACACUCGAAAGAGGAAUAUGAGCGAUAUCGCACUGCUCGGCACGCCUCCAUUAGUGCUGCAAGGAGC